GGACAGCGGACGCUAUCGGAGUUAAUAGCUCCCGCCGCCCACUUUAACCCCACAUGUCUUAAAGGGAGAGAGAAACGCGAAGAAAAACAAUUUCACCAAUUAAAUUAAAUGGCAGUUCUAUAGGUCUCGACUCGAUAAUUACAUGAACAUAUGGAGGUGAUAUUCAGACAGCAAUACUAACGAUAUCAUCUCCAGCGCUCUGUCCUAUUCUCAACCCCAUUUCUCCGUGUCCCGAAAUUCAAUCAAGAUGGGUUUAUUGUCAUCCAAAACGCUGAUCCAGGCACACGCCUUAUUUCUCUUUAUUCUCGCAAUCUAUCUCACAAGGUCACCAGAAGUCAUCACGAAUUCGGAUGUAGUUUUUAUGCUAGGAGAGACGUUGCAACUAGAUACUGCUCCAUCCCUUUCACGUCCUCAAUCGCCCUUCGCGCUAUGCGGUAUCCUCCUCAUUGCCGAUGCUCUCGUCGAUCUUAUCCUUGUCACCAAGGUCCCUCGCAUCAAUGAAAUCAUUGCAAUGGCAGAAAUCGCUCGGUCCGCGGCUCCCACGUCUAUCGCUGGAGCUAUGCGAACGAAUCCAUUCCUAGGACGUCUCGCCGCGCUCUACUCGGAAAUCUGGACAUUGCUCUCUGCAUCUCGCUUUUGUCUUUUCUUCGCUGUGUCGUUUUUCAUAUACCAGAGUAAGCCGUCGGCUUGGGGUAUGGAUGCCGGAGAUACAGUUGGUGGGUAUGGAGCUGGACAAGAACACUCUUCUGGGUUAGAUCAGUUAAAGAACAGGGUGAUCUUCACUUAUGGAUUUAUGGAAAUGAUGUUCUGGCUUUGGAUUUUCCUUACCCUUCGCGAAGAACGACAGGAGAUCGCAGUUCGAUUUGCAGAACAAGAUCAACAAGCAUCAUAGACUCACUCCUUUGACCACGCGAACGGGUGCGAUACCCUUUAAGAUGGACUCGCUGCUACAAGGGAAACUAAACAAUCUUAAGUAGCAUGCAUAUUCCCCUUUCAUCCCGCCAAUGCAUUCUUCGAGUGGACGUUUAAGAUAACUAGAAUAUUGACCU